AUGGUUUAUAAGAUUUUGCCACAUAAAUAUUCAGAAAUUCAUUCUUCACAAUACCCAGACUCUCUUACACCUGAAGAGGCAAGACAAGUCUUAGCUCAUAUGUUAGGUGUUUCAAGGUUUCAUAAACUUGGAUUUCAAGGGCAAUCAACGAAGAUUUUAGACAAGAAAGAAAUGUUAAAUGAAGAAAAUUUAUGGAAAGAGACGGAAAAUCAUAUGAUAAUUACGUUGGCAGGUGUUAUAGAUUAUAAAAUGUUUUAUAAACAACAUCCUCUUUUUACAAUUGAAAAUUCGCCUAGCUCUGAAGCUUACAAUUAUUUAAUUAAACGGUUCUUGAACCAGCUUAAUGAAUUAACAGGUUUAACCAUAGAACGUUUAUAUGCAAAUAUGUAUGGAGGAGGAUUAUUUUUAAUACCACCUAUACUGGGAAUACAUGAUUAUAUUCAACAUGCUCCAUCUUUAGAGAUGUUUGAAAAUAUAUUUGAUAAAAAAUUUACUGGUAUUUUUAAUUUACAAUAUAAAGAAGAUCGUUGUUUUUUGUCAGAAAUUCUUUCCCUUAAUAGUUUUAUAAACGCAUUGUCAAAUAGCUCAGAAUUAUCUACAAACAGAUUAAUAUCGGCUUAUUUAGCUAAUUUAGAGGUUUUAUAUCAUCAAUAUGGCAUUUAUUCAAAGCAAUAUACAGCAGCAACUGAAGCUGCUAGCCUUAUUCUUGGCCAGAUUUCUAAAAAGAUGCCAAAUACUACAUUUAUUGUUCUUUUAUUACCACCUAAACCUAUUAUUAAGAAUACUUUAUUACGUCGUGCAGAAAUUCAAAAUGUAUUUGGGGAUGAUCAUUCUGCUCCAGCUUUAAAAGGGUUCAGAAAUAUUUAUCCACAUUGUUUUAGUAGUAAAGCAGAUUGUGAAAAGCUGACAAAUUAUUGUUCAAAUCAUGGAAACUGUGAAAAAUAUUUAGAGCAAGAAAAAUGUUAUACUUGUCGAUGCUUUCCAACAUUUACAAAUGCUACAGGAAAUGGGAAGAAGGUUUUUUACUGGUCUGGGAGUUUAUGUCAGAAAAGAGAUAUUAGUUUUGAAUUUCAAAUGUUUUUUUGGGUACAUUUCUUUAUAUAA